CAAAGACAACAAGUCAUUCCGAUCUCUGAAUUCAAUAAGAAAAACUGAGCUGAAAAUGAUAGAAUGGUCCAGCUCACCACUCGUCCUAGAAAGUGCGAGGAGAAGCGGCGGCAAGGUGUCCCAUGGAGCUCUCUGGAAGAAGAUCAGACGCCAACCGAACGAGCACACGGGGACAGGGCAGCUCUCUCUCGACCCUUCUUUAUGUUUUUUUAACCUCAGCUCUGCGCUGACAUUGAUACAGAACGGGAUGAAAGAACAGAUAUCCAGGCGAACAAAAGGAGAAGAUCAAGCGAUCAGCAGCAAAACUAAGGCUUGGUAUUGGACCUCCGAUCAUUCCUCUCCUCGCAGAGUCCACCGAGCCGGCAGAUAAACUGUCGACCAUUCUCUGCAGGUAAAGAAAGAUCACUUCUGACUUGCAUACUGAAACGAUGGAUGAACUGUGCCCUCCAUCUGUGGUCCAGAAGCUCCAUGGACAGUCCAUGUUGUUGAGACAAAUAUCUUCUUCUGCCACGAGAAGUCAUGUAAUCAACAAUGCACAUUAUGCGCGCAAUUUUUCUGUGACAAAAUACCAUCAGACGAAUGGAAGUAUUGGGCGUUUGCCUCGCAAUACACCAUCCCCGAUCCGUGCCCCCGCACCCGAAGAGAAGGGUUUUUCUGGAUUCAUGAUUGAUUUUCUAAUGGGUGGAGUUUCUGCUGCCGUCUCCAAAACGGCGGCUGCUCCGAUUGAGCGUGUUAAGCUCUUGAUUCAGAACCAGGAUGAAAUGAUCAAGAGUGGUAGGCUUUCUCAUCCUUACAAAAGUAUCGGCGAUUGCUUCACCCGCACAAUAAAAGAUGAGGGUGUGGUUGCACUCUGGAGGGGAAACACGGCCAAUGUUAUCCGUUAUUUCCCGACUCAGGCCUUGAACUUUGCCUUCAAGGACCACUUUAAGCGCAUGUUCAACUUUAGAAAGGACAAGGAUGGGUACUGGAAGUGGUUCUUCGGCAACAUAGCUUCCGGAGGGGCCGCCGGUGCUUCUUCUCUGUUGUUUGUGUAUUCUCUGGAUUACGCUCGUACUCGUCUCGCCAAUGAUGCCAAGGCUGCAAAGGUGGGUGGCCAGAGGCAGUUCGACGGCAUCGUAGAUGUCUAUCGCAAGACCCUCGCCAGCGACGGUGUCCGCGGCUUGUACCGUGGCUUCAACGUCUCCUGUGUGGGCAUCAUCGUUUAUCGAGGUCUUUACUUCGGAAUGUACGACUCCCUCAAGCCAGCGGUUCUUGUUGGUUCUCUUGAGGAUAACUUGCUUGCCAGUUUCUUGCUUGGCUGGGGUGUAACGAUGGGUGCUGGGCUCGCCUCGUAUCCCAUUGAUACCGUGCGCCGCCGUAUGAUGAUGACAUCCGGUGAGUCCGUGAAGUAUAAGAACUCCAUGGAUGCUUUCAGGAAGAUCAUCGCCGAGGAGGGCGCCACGUCCCUCUUCAAGGGUGCUGGCGCCAACAUCCUUCGUGCCGUUGCGGGUGCUGGUGUCCUUGCUGUGUAUGACAAGCUCCAGGUGGUCGUCUUUGGCAAGAAGUAUGGAUCCGGUGGUGGCUAAGUACGGAUGCUGUAGGGCUAAAUUUUGUGCGAUGGUGUAGCGCUGCUUUUGAAUAAAAUCUGCCAUAUGGAGUAUGGAGAGUGUUUAACAAAAAACUAUCACAAUUCGUCCAAUCAUGCCUACAAACUACCACUUUACAAAUUUAUGCCGAAAACUAUCAUUUUUCAACUAAUCUUUGACUAAAAACUACCAUGUCUCAAAAAUGUCUGAUUCACCUCUUCUAAACGCUUUUCUAAUAAGAAUGGCCCACAUGUAAGCGCUGACGUGGCAUAGUUGUCAAACUCUGUUAGAUUGAUCGGUAAGUUGUGCGUUAUGACGUAUGCGACCCACAUGUCAUCAUCAACCUCUUCUCCCUGAAACAGAUUCCUUUGGGACAUUUCCUCAAGCAGGUUGUAUUCGUCCUGGAGCACGAGCUACCAUGGCCGGGCGCAAGCAGUCGCAGUUGUGAGCAGCACCGGCCGCACACGAGCUGGUGGAUGGUGACCAUGCCUCGUCCGUGGUGAGCGCCGAUGGCAUCCAACCACCCCAGUCACGGAAGGAGCUUCCCGUGCGUGGUGGCUAUUCCUGGCCCGCGCCUCCACGGCCCCUGGAGACGCGCACGGGGCUGACCUCCUCCCCCGCUCUGUAGUCAUCUCGUCGCUCAACGACCUCCUUCUCCACCUCCGGCCAAAUUGAAGGAAGAGCGCGAAUUUGGAGCUGGGUCUGGGCGAGGACGGCGCCGAGAUGGCCUGCAGCAGCGCCAUCCACUUCCUGGUAGACACGAACACCGGCGCCGGCUGCAGCGGGGUCAUGGGCGCCAGGCUCGACGGGUUGCUACCCCCGCUGCCUAUCCCGGCGCUCCGACGUUCAAAAAGCCCUCCGCCACCCCGUCCCCAUCUCCCUCACCACCGCCACCUGCGUCCGGAACAUGGUCCUGCUGCUAGCUCGCUCCUUCCCUCGCUCAAAGCCUCCGCAGAGAGAAAGAAUGGCGUUGGCCUGUAGAUGCGGACCCGACCGUAGAUGGGGAGUUCCAUGGAAGAAGAUAGAGCUUACAUAUUGGUCCCACAUGUCAUAGCAGUCAAUAUAAUGGUCAAUCUAGCGGAGUUGACUACUCUGCCACGUCAGCGCUUAUGAGUGGGCCCAACCUGUCAUAAACAGGUUUAAACUGGUUGAAUCGGGCACUUUUCAGACAUGGUAGUUUUUAAUCAAAAAUUAAUCAAAAAUGAUAGUUUUCGGCACAAAUUUGUAAAGUGGUAGUUUGUAGACAUGAUUGGACGAAUUGUGGUAAUUUUUUGUUA